GCUGAUUGGCACAGUGCAGUGACCCGAUCAUCAGAUAUUUCCAUGGUCACCAUCGAUAAUUUGCCUUAUCCCUUAUGCCUCCAUGGAUGAGCUGUCGAUCGAAAACCAUUCUCCAAUCUCCAUGGAUGAGCUCUCCUUCGGAAGCUUGUGCAUGGUCGCUAUGGCCACUCUCGCCCUCGCGUUGGCGCUCAUGGUCAUGGGAGCUCAUCGCCGCGGCGGCGAGAAGGGAGCAACCACCGGAGCCAAGAACCUUCCUCCGGGGCCAUGGAACCUCCCCGUCAUCGGCAGCCUCCACCACCUCCUCGGCGCGUCGCCGCCACACCGCGCGCUGCUCCGCCUGUCGCGGCGGCACGGCCCGCUGAUGCUGGUGAGGCUCGGCGAGGUGCCCACCGUGAUCGUCUCUGGGUCGGACGCCGCCAUGGAGGUGCUCAAGGCGCGCGACCCGGCGUUCGCCGACCGCGCCCGGAGCACGACGGUCGACGCCGUCAGCUUCGGCGGGAAGGGCGUCAUCUUCGCGCCCUACGGCGAGCACUGGCGCCAUGCGCGCAGGGUCUGCCUCGCGGAGCUCCUCAGCGCGCGCCAGGUGCGCCGCCUCGAGUCCAUCCGUCAGGAGGAGGUGUCGCGCCUCGUCGACUCCAUCAUCGCCGGCAGCAGCAACGCCGCCGCCGUCGACAUGACCCGGGCGCUGGCGGCGCUGACGAACGACGUGAUCGCGAGGGCGGUGUUCGGCGGCAAGUGCGCGCGGCAGGAGGAGUACCGCCGGGAGCUCGGCGUGCUGACGACGCUGGUGGCCGGGUACAGCAUGGUGGACCUGUUCCCGUCGUCGCGCGUGGUGCGGUGGCUGAGCCGCCGCACCGAGCGCCGCCUGAGGAGGAGCCACGCGGAGAUGGCGAGGAUCGUCGGCUCGAUCAUCGAGGAGCGCAAGGAGAAGAAGGGGAGUGACGCCGGCGUCGGCGCGAAAGACGAAGACGAUGAUCUGCUCGGCGUGCUGCUGAGACUGCAGGAGGAAGACGGCCUCACCUCCCCUCUCACGGCGGAGGUCAUCGCCGCCCUUGUUACCGAUAUUUUUGGAGCUGCUACUGAUACCACAGCUUCCACACUUGAAUGGAUUAUGGUGGAGCUUAUGAGGAAUCCAAGAGCAAUGGAUAAGGCACAACAGGAAGUUCGAAACACGCUUGGCCAUGAAAAAGGCAAAUUGAUUGGCAUCGACAUUAGUGAGCUACACUACUUAUGUAUGGUCAUCAAGGAGACCUUACGGCUGCAUCCCGCUUCUGCACUAAUUCUACGACAGAGCAGGGAGAACUGUCGUGUUAUGGGCUAUGACAUACCACAAGCGACACCUGUUCUAAUAAACACAUUCGCCGUAGCAAGGGACCCAAAGUACUGGGACAAUGCGGAGGAGUUCAAGCCAGAGAGAUUCGAGAAUAGCGGCGCAGAUAUCAGGACAUCUAUCGCACACUUAGGGUUCAUCCCAUUCGGAGCUGGAUGCAGGCAAUGCCCUGGAGCGUUGCUCGCGACCACCACACUUGAGCUCACAUUAGCGAACCUCCUUUACCACUUUGACUGGGCACUUCCUGAUGGGGUGAGCCCCAAAUCACUCGACAUGAGUGAGGUGAUGGGGAUCACUUUGCAUAGGAGGUCUAGUCUCCAUUUGCAUACAACUUUGACCAGGUCUGGUUUCUUUAGCCACUCUGGUCGAUAGAGGCUCCAUGCAUACUGGUGAUCCUUUUUUUUUUGAAACAUUAAACGGCAGGAGCUCUGCCGGAUAUAUUAGAAGGAAUAAAGGUUGCCAAUCAUUACAAUCAGCGA